AUGUCGGCUACUUGGGAAGUAGAGAAGUCUUCGUCCUGUUCCGUCCGAAGACUUUGCCACAUUCAAAUGGGACAGAUAAUACUGGAUAGACCAAUAGAUCUGGGCGAAAAUGCUUCUGGCGGUGUCCAUGUGGCGCUGAGAAUGCGUGGAAACACGCGUCGCAUUUUGCGCUCCCCCGAAAUUAGUCUGGUUGUCCCCAAACAUCCCUCCACCACUGCAACUGCCAAUUCAGCUACCCGCGGCGCCGGUGCCUACAUUCCCAUUGAUCUCAACUGUACCAUUCAGUACUCUCAUGUUCUCAAAAUGGACUCUAACAUUCUACAAAUCCUCCUUCAGAAACGCAAAAAGUACAAAAACACGACAAUGAACCUAGGAUAUAAAACUCUGGCCUAUUGCAACAUCAGUCUCUCCCAGGUUCUGCAACGUCGUAUCGAACACCGGUUUCUCAGCAUGUAUCCUAAUCCCAAGUGCAUUGGACCUGCGAUUGCUCGCAUAGAGGUUCACUGCCUCUCCACUCUACCCUGGGAACGUGAUCCCAUCAACCCUGAAAAUAAAGAGGUAGAAUUCGACGGGUGCCUGGAGGACGGCUGCCUCCUGCCAGCGGACGUCUUCUCGGAUGACGCGGACGAGGAUUCGGACAGUGAGGAGGAGGUGGACAUGGAAGACGUUGACACUGGUCGCUGUGGACAGGUCGGUGGGGUAUCUUCCACCUCCGCCUCUACUGCUAUUGCCAGUCGCGGUGGGCAGAAGAAGGUCCUCAAGUCCAUGUCUGUUGGGCAAAUCAAACAAAAAGUUAUUAGCCUCCUCAAGCGACUCAAAGUUGCUGACCCCAAUGAGGAGAUUGAUACAGGCACAACAUUACACCUCUGGGAGGAGAUCGAUAAAAUGGAGACGGUGAGUGAUGUGGACGAGGACUCGGACUUGGACACUGGGGCCACAGCCGAAUCGGGCUCUCUGCAGAGUGUACCUCGGCCCUCUAUCCGCCCCUUUUUUGGGCACACUGGUAGCUCUGAGGAGACCCUUAGUCUAGACGCUGGGGCUCGUCUCUUACGCCGGUUACAGAAGGAGGCACUGCUGACGUCGGAUCCACUGCCUUCCAGACAGGCAACAGUUCCACCAUCACCAGCCGCAGCGAUAACAGGCCCAUUCAAUGAGUCUUCCACGACUACGAUGGCGGAGCUGCGGCGCCAGACAACAGCCACCACCGGUGGAGGUCGUGGUGGCGUCAAAUUUCCUCCUUGUUUUGGACCAAUCAAAACACGGCGCACCAUGCCCACCGCCAAACGGCGUCAGGUUACACCGUCAUCUCCAAUGGCUGCUACCCCAGUGCCUUCCAAGACACCUCCCUUCCUUAAUGGGCACCAUGAGGGUGGGGGAAGGAGCCAUGUGGAAAACCCAGCUAUUUUUAACCUCCCAACAGCAAAUGACGUUGAACCUCUUGAAUAUUGGAGAACAGAGGAUGAGCCCUCCGGGUCGAUGGUUCACACCGGAGGUUCCACCUUUCCUGAGUCCCUGGCCGAUGUUCAAUUUGUCGUCAACAUUUUGGAACCUGGAGGAAAGGCCGCAGCAACGGCGCUGGCACAGGCAGGUUGCGCAAAGUUGGCGCGGGUGUCGUCCUUCCAGGAGGUACGUCAGGUGCUCAGCAGCCUGGUUUCGUGGGUACAGAUGCACCACGUGGAGGACGGGAGACGAGAGAUCCGUUUUUGCGUGGUAGGCGGUGACGCCCUUCUCAACUCCGUCCUCCGAGCCUUUGUAGAAGUGGCAGGCGCACGUUCCGAGGCCGUCGCCGCCGCUUUUCGCUUCUUCCUCGUUCCCGUCUCCGGCCUCCUCCCACCCCUUCUUUCGCCGCAGCAACAACAACACUUGGUCUGUCGCCAUCGGCGAUCCAUUUCUUCCACUCUGCCACCGUUGUCACAGCUCUCUUCCGAUCUCGUCCAACCUACUAAACCAGGCUCUCCAUCAAUUUCACGGGAGUCGCACCCACCACCAGUCCUCCCAUCCUUCCCCAACCUCGUCGCCCAGCGUCUCUGCAGCCUCGAUCCGUGCUACGCUCGCCUCUUCAGUCACCUAGCUGUUGGCGAGGGUGUGAGUGAAGCAGAUGCCACCGCGUCCACCCCGACUCCAGUUCAAAUCAGACGGGUAUCGACGGAGGGUGGUAGUUUGGAGGGCGAAUUUGUGCGCCGAGUGGUAGUCUACCUUACCACUGCCGACUGUCUCUUACCCCUGCCCAUUGGCGAGUGUCUGGUGGCGGGAUCCCACCUUGACAGAAGGGAGGACGGGAUAAGGGAUAGGAAGAGGGAGAGCCAAAACCGACAGGUACAUAUUACAGACGGGAGUCACUCACCCUUAUUUCACGAUUUUAUUCUGUAUCGAUGGUCAACCUGUAUGGACAUGGACAAACCCGGCACACUUACAACCUACCUCAGGUUCUUCCAGAAGUCUCCAAUUCAUUGCCGAUGUUUAGAGCGCUGCUACCUAGGCAGGAUUGGGAAUGGCAGUGCAACCUAUCGAAUCGCUAAGAUCAAGUGUUCCACGUGGAAUGACGAUGGAAGCAGUUUAGACGAGGAGUCAGGAAAGCAAACUCUUGUGCCCUUCCUCCUCUGCAUCCGCCUCGGUGGCGAGACCAUUCUGCGUGGUUGUCUUGGCGAUGGGUCGGAGAAACACGGGACCGCUGUCCGUUCUUCGGGUCCCGGUGCCGGCGCCGGUGACUACCAUCCCCCUGGUGCUCCUCAUCUUACCCCUCGCUCACCUUCCUCAUCCUCAACCUCUGUCUCUUCGCCAUCCCCCACUGUCUUCUUUGCUGCGGGGUCCGAUAAGCCGACAUACGAGCUCCAGCUGGAGUACUGGGCCCUCAACGCCCCAGGUUCGACCUCCGCCGCUGGCAGUUAUGGUGGCUCGUCUUCUCUGGUUCACCCCUUCAAUUUGGACGACCGUGGUGGUAGCAUUGUUAGCAGUGGUGGUAGUGUAGACGGAAGGGUUGUGGCUCGACCCGUCACCUUCAAGGCUGUCUGCAGGUCUAUGUUGGUCGGUCUGACCAGCAGUCCCCUCUGUGCACCCAUCCCACUACCGCAGAAACCCUCCACUCUUCUCAACCUUGCCAUGAUUACACGCGAAAAGAAACCCAAAAUAAUGCGAAUCGGUAAGAAAACAAGCAAGGAGGUGACUUUUAAGCCAGACCUAAUUGAGGGCGUGACCCGACUGAUCUGCACCUGCAAGGGCAUCGCCUCCCACGCUUCCGUAGCAGCGGAGUCUAUGGAGGCGGGUCUGGGCCUCACACCAGUUGGUCGGUGCGCCGACAUCGCUCCUCCACCUCCAUCGUCUCCGAAGCAUCACCAACUAUCACUGCCUCCGCCCCACCUCUCGACAGGUGAAGCGGCAGCAGCAGUAGGGGAAAGCACCGCCUUCUGUCACCCUUCCACCUCUUUCUCAGUCCGAGACGACCUCUCCUGUGGUCUCAUCGUUCCUGGACAAUCGACUUCUUCCUCUGGAGACCAUGUCUUUGUUCGAAUAUCAAUAGACGGCGUGGACUGGCCAACUUCGCGGUUCUUCCAAGUGGCGCCAGGCUGGCGCACACAUGUGAAGGUCUUCCCUCUGGUCUGCAUGUCGCCCCUCCCCUCCAGUCCAGCGUUUGCGCUGCCCCUUGCCAAAGUCAUGGUGGGGCUGUCCGGUCAUGCGCCGCCUCCCACGUCGCUCCUCCUUUCCGCCACUGCCGCCACCUCCGUUACUGCAUCUGCUCCGACACAAGCGCCAGCGAUCACGCCCUCCUGA